GGGGAGCCCGGACCCCUCCUAGCGCCUUCCGAGCCCUCCCGCACAGCCUUGCAAGCAAAAGUUUUUCUUAAACUAACAAUGCCAGUGUAAGGAGGUGCUCGCGCCUGAUUGGCCGGGGGAAUUUUGCAGGUUUGAUUCCUUGAUUGGACAGGAGGUGUUAGGGGUGGGGAGAGAGCUGAUGGUGGGGGAUCCCGCUCCCUCCCGCGUCAGUCUGGCCGGCUCCGUCCUCCCGUAGGCUCCGCUGUAGCUAGCAAUGUGACACCAGGACGCACUCGCUCUCGCGCGCUCUCCCAGGCUCGUUCUCCCUCGCCCUCUCUCUCUCACACACGCACGCACACACCCACCUCUCCCAUAAACACACACACACACACAUGCACACCCAUACCCACGCGCGCCCGCACCGCCCCACGCUUACACACUCCUGCCCACGCCCACGCAGCGCUCCGGGAAGUCCGGUCCGGGCGAGAGCGCGAAAGGAUACCGAGAAGCCACCCGCGGGGAGCGCAGCGGCGCCCCGGGACGCGGCGCUCUCCCGGCGCUGCUGCCUCGGCUUGGUCUCGGCCUGGGGGCCGCCGGCCGGCGAUGGCCCUGGAUUAUCUGCUACUGCUCCUCCUGGCAUCCGCAGUGGCUGCGAUGGAAGAAACGUUAAUGGACACCAGAACGGCUACUGCAGAGCUGGGCUGGACGGCCAAUCCUGCGUCAGGGUGGGAAGAAGUCAGUGGCUACGAUGAAAACCUGAACACCAUCCGCACCUACCAGGUGUGCAAUGUCUUCGAGCCCAACCAGAACAAUUGGCUGCUCACCACCUUUAUCAACCGGCGGGGGGCCCAUCGCAUCUACACAGAGAUGCGCUUCACUGUGAGAGACUGCAGCAGCCUCCCUAAUGUCCCAGGAUCCUGCAAGGAGACCUUCAACUUGUAUUACUAUGAGACUGACUCUGUCAUUGCCACCAAGAAGUCAGCCUUCUGGUCUGAGGCCCCCUACCUCAAAGUAGACACCAUUGCUGCAGAUGAGAGCUUCUCCCAGGUGGACUUUGGGGGAAGGCUGAUGAAGGUAAACACAGAAGUCAGGAGCUUUGGGCCUCUUACUCGGAAUGGUUUUUACCUCGCUUUUCAGGAUUAUGGAGCCUGUAUGUCUCUUCUUUCUGUCCGUGUCUUCUUCAAAAAGUGUCCAAGCAUUGUGCAAAACUUUGCAGUGUUUCCAGAGACUAUGACAGGGGCAGAGAGCACAUCUCUGGUGAUUGCUCGGGGCACAUGCAUCCCCAACGCAGAGGAAGUGGACGUGCCCAUCAAACUCUACUGCAACGGGGAUGGGGAAUGGAUGGUGCCUAUUGGGCGAUGCACCUGCAAGCCUGGCUAUGAGCCUGAGAACAGCAUGGCAUGCAAGGCUUGCCCUGCAGGGACAUUCAAGGCCAGCCAGGAAGCUGAAGGCUGCUCCCACUGCCCCUCCAACAGCCGCUCCCCUGCAGAGGCGUCUCCCAUCUGCACCUGUCGGACCGGUUAUUACCGAGCGGACUUUGACCCUCCAGAAGUGGCAUGCACUAGCGUCCCAUCAGGUCCCCGCAAUGUUAUCUCCAUCGUCAAUGAGACGUCCAUCAUUCUGGAGUGGCACCCUCCAAGGGAGACAGGUGGGCGGGAUGAUGUGACCUACAACAUCAUCUGCAAAAAGUGCCGGGCAGACCGCCGGAGCUGCUCCCGCUGUGACGACAAUGUGGAGUUUGUACCCAGGCAGCUGGGCCUGACGGAGUGCCGCGUCUCCAUCAGCAGCCUGUGGGCCCACACCCCCUACACCUUUGACAUCCAGGCCAUCAAUGGAGUCUCCAGCAAGAGUCCCUUCCCCCCACAGCACGUCUCUGUCAACAUCACCACAAACCAAGCCGCCCCCUCCACCGUUCCCAUCAUGCACCAAGUCAGUGCCACUAUGAGGAGCAUCACCUUGUCAUGGCCACAGCCGGAGCAGCCCAAUGGCAUCAUCCUGGACUAUGAGAUCCGGUACUAUGAGAAGGAACACAAUGAGUUCAACUCCUCCAUGGCCAGGAGUCAGACCAACACAGCAAGGAUUGAUGGGCUGCGGCCUGGCAUGGUAUAUGUGGUACAGGUGCGUGCCCGCACUGUUGCUGGCUACGGCAAGUUCAGUGGCAAGAUGUGCUUCCAGACUCUGACUGACGAUGAUUACAAGUCAGAGCUGAGGGAGCAGCUGCCCCUGAUUGCUGGCUCGGCAGCGGCCGGGGUCGUGUUCGUUGUGUCCUUGGUGGCCAUCUCUAUCGUCUGUAGCAGGAAACGGGCUUAUAGCAAAGAGGCUGUGUACAGCGAUAAGCUCCAGCAUUACAGCACAGGCCGAGGCUCCCCAGGGAUGAAGAUCUACAUUGACCCCUUCACUUAUGAGGAUCCCAACGAAGCUGUCCGGGAGUUUGCCAAGGAGAUUGAUGUAUCUUUUGUGAAAAUUGAAGAGGUCAUCGGAGCAGGGGAGUUUGGAGAAGUGUACAAGGGGCGUUUGAAACUGCCAGGCAAGAGGGAAAUCUACGUGGCCAUCAAGACCCUGAAGGCAGGGUACUCGGAGAAGCAGCGUCGGGACUUUCUGAGUGAGGCGAGCAUCAUGGGCCAGUUCGACCAUCCCAACAUCAUUCGCCUGGAGGGUGUGGUCACCAAGAGUCGGCCUGUCAUGAUCAUCACAGAGUUCAUGGAGAAUGGUGCAUUGGAUUCUUUCCUCAGGCAAAAUGACGGGCAGUUCACCGUGAUCCAGCUUGUGGGUAUGCUCAGGGGCAUCGCUGCUGGCAUGAAGUACCUGGCUGAGAUGAAUUAUGUGCAUCGGGACCUGGCUGCUAGGAACAUUCUGGUCAACAGUAACCUGGUGUGCAAGGUGUCUGACUUUGGCCUCUCCCGCUACCUCCAGGAUGACACCUCAGAUCCCACCUACACCAGCUCCUUGGGAGGGAAGAUCCCUGUGAGAUGGACAGCUCCAGAGGCCAUCGCCUACCGCAAGUUCACUUCAGCCAGCGACGUUUGGAGCUACGGGAUCGUCAUGUGGGAAGUCAUGUCAUUUGGAGAGAGACCCUAUUGGGAUAUGUCCAACCAAGAUGUUAUCAAUGCCAUCGAGCAGGACUACCGGCUGCCCCCACCCAUGGACUGUCCAGCUGCUCUACACCAGCUCAUGCUGGACUGUUGGCAGAAGGACCGGAACAGCCGGCCCCGGUUUGCGGAGAUUGUCAACACCCUAGAUAAGAUGAUCCGGAACCCGGCAAGUCUCAAGACUGUGGCAACCAUCACCGCCGUGCCUUCCCAGCCCCUGCUCGACCGCUCCAUCCCAGACUUCACGGCCUUUACCACCGUGGAUGACUGGCUCAGCGCCAUCAAAAUGGUCCAGUACAGGGACAGCUUCCUCACUGCUGGCUUCACCUCCCUCCAGCUGGUCACCCAGAUGACAUCAGAAGACCUCCUGAGAAUAGGCAUCACCUUGGCAGGCCAUCAGAAGAAGAUCCUGAACAGCAUUCAUUCUAUGAGGGUCCAGAUGAGUCAGUCACCAACAGCAAUGGCAUGAGAACUCUUGUUUCUUGGGGAAGGAGAGGAGGGAAAAGGACCAGGGUCAAGGGGGACCAGAGGUUGACCACUGUGGAAUGUACUGGAGAGACUGGCUUCUCAGCUGAGGAAUGCAUUUCCAUCAGUGGAGAAUCAACUGGACCUGUUGCUAGCAGGCAAUCUCCAUUUCUCAGUGACAGAAGCAUGUUUGAGAUGCCGUGGGAAACCAAAUAUAUAAUGAUAAAAAUAUAAAAAGGUGAUGUUCAACAGAAGUGAAGACAAAACAAUAUGCAUCAUCAGGAGAACAAGAGUAAACCCAGCUCCCACCCUCAGUGGGCUGGAGUUGCCCAACCACAGGAAGAAAGGGAAGGAGGUAGAGGGAAGAAACAGAAGCAGUGUUCCAUUUUCUUCCUCACCAAUGACAUUCUUUUCUUUUCUCCUUUUGUACUCCUCCCUGAGAGUCCCCUCCCUUCUCCCACACUCUUUUCCCUUUGCUCAUGACUCCUGUAGGGAAGUUUCUUCAAACAAAACCCAGCUCCUGAGUCUCCAGAUGUUGUUCUGUCAGUUGCCAAAGGACUUUGCUGACCACUGCAUGGGGAUCCAACCAAUUCAAUUAAUGUCUUCAUAUUGAAGAAGAGAUGUACCUUCAAUUGAAAACCUCGUUUUUCUUUUGUUUGCAUUUUCUGCAAAAAGGAAAAAGAAACCACAAAUUGGAGAAAAAAAAGAAGAAAAACCUGUUUCCGUGUGCAAAAGAACACAUAUGUAUGUCUGUGUUAUAAAAUGACUGUGCUUGUUCGUAACAGAUGCAAACAAGAAAGAAGAACUGGGAAGUCUUUGCCCCUAGGAAAUCCAAAGGGGCUGGAAUGUGGUGUUGGUUUGGCUUUCUGGUUGGCCCAAUCGGCCUAUUGGCUCAAUGGGAAGAGAGGAGAGGGAGAAAAAUAAAAUGAAAGAAAAAAAAAAAGUUUGCAAAUUCAGACAGGAAACAGGUGAGUGGUUUGAAUUGGAUGCAGUGUGGGCCAUCCUGGAAUGAUACUGACUGAUUAAUUAUUCCUGAUAACAUCUGAAGAAAAGGAGAAGGAAAGUGUUUCUGGAGAAUGUUCUUUCACAUCACUGGAUCUGCAAUUCAAGAAGUGACAAGGGAGAAUUCUUGCUUUACCUAUGGACUGGCUUAAGCCGUGUGGCAUCCGAGGAAUGUUUCAAAUGUGUCUGUGUUUCUCUUUACAUUCCUUAUUGUACCUCAUUGUUCAAUUCACUUUUGUAAAUUCCACCUAACAUUUAAUUAUUUUUGAUUUCUCCUUUUACCUUAAUCUCCUUGCUAAUUUUAUCUGUCUAAUUAAAAAGAGCAGAAGCAUGUCUGGGUUUACGUAAAAUGGUGUCAGAGUGUGUAUCCCUGGACCCCAGAGGGUUGUCCCCAAAUUUCAGGAGAAUCCUUAACAACUGUCCUUCUUCUUUCUAAUGUGGGAGGGAGGGAACACAUCCUUGACCCCAUGAAUGCCAAGAAGCAGAAUGUAGUAAACUCUCUGGCACUGACGUGACCCAAAGGAAAAACUGAAUAAAUAAGGCUUAAGAAGUCGCUGGCAAAUAAACAUAAACAAUCACCAUGAAUACACUAUCAACCCUGAUUUUAGUUUACGCACUGCAUUUGAGAAGUCCACAUCCAGGCCAAUUUUGUAAAUGUAGACUGCUUGCUUGUGGUUUAUCUAUGAACAUGCAGUUGGGAGUGAAGAGAUAUGAGGCAGUGAAAGGUGUUAUGGUUGCCAAGUAGCUCAUUUAAUACAUGCUUACACUGAUAAUAGCCUUUUCCCCUAGUCAUUGUUAACUUUGAUAUGGGGUGGUUCUUACCUUCUAAAAUCACCGGCCAAGAUUCCCCGAACAAUUAACCCCUUCAAAGUGGCCCACAAGCCUGGGGGUACAGCGUUAAUUCAGUGGAGCUCAUCUUAAAUCACCAUCCAUGGCUGAACCCCUGGAGAAUGGAAGUGGAUGGACAGAACUCCUCUCAGCAAGUUUGCCUGAGGCUGCAAAGGACCCCAAUCCAACCAUGCAGGUAGAAGAGAAAAUUUCCCUUUAUUAAUUGCUUACCAAUUCCAUGCACAAUUUACUAAUUACCCCAAAGACCCCGAUCCAUGAGUAUCAUACAAGUCUAGGCAAUUUGGCUAAUCUACUCUCAAUUUUCCACAGGAAUGAAUUUUAAUCUGUCACUAAAGUCCUCUGGCAGAAUCUUUAACCCCGAAUUCUCACUACUGCCUCCACCAAUGCCAACUCAUCUUCUGGUUGUGGACAAAGCAGGGUCAAGGUGAAAGUCCUGUUAAACCCUUUGGCUUGGUUUCACCAUAGAUCCCAGAAUGGAGACAGCGAGAAUCCAAAGUGCACAAGAGGAAAGCAUGAGGGGUCAGCAGAGCCAAGGCCAGGGUGCCUCAAGGCACAGUUUUCAGUGAGGUGGGCACGACCAAGAUCUGGACACCCCCAACCCCCACAGAUGCCCUGCACAAGGCCCCACCCCUACACCCCAGAUGAACUACAGGAACACAUGAAGCAUGAAGAGAAGGAGAUGUGUCACUAGUGAGUGAGACCUCACACAUUACCUCUGCAGCACUGGGCCAGUCAUGAACCUCUCUGAGCCUCAGUUUCCUCAUCUGUGUAAUAGGAAAAUAAUACCUACCUUCAAUGAAGAGUAUCUAACAUUCCUGAGUAGGUUCUCUAUGCCAGGCACUUAUCUAACUGCCUUACAUGCAUGAAAUCUCUUCCUCACCAUAAUCUUGUGAAAUAGUAGCAGGUAAUUUAUUGUUCCCAAUUUUGGAUGAGGAAACAGAGACAAAGGACCUUCCCAGAUCACACAAUGGUGGAGUCAGGAUUUUGAUUCAGGCAACCUGACUCCUUGCUUUUAACCACUUACCCCAGUGGGUCUCACACUUGAGUGUGCAUUGGUAUCACCUAGAGGUAUUGUUAAAACAAAGAUCACAGGCCCCACCUUUGGGCUCCUGAUUCAGCAGGUCUAGAGUGGAACUGGAGAACAUGCACUUCUCACAAGUUUCCAGGUGCUGCUGAUGCUGCUGGUCCAGGGACCAUGCUUUGAGAACCACUGUAUUACCCCAGCCUACCUUCCUGAGAAUUAGUGAUAAUAGACAUAAAGCUCCUGCUUCAGGAAAUAAUAGUGAUUGAGGUUCUUGAGAUACCCAGAAAGAAGGGAACGAACCCUCACACUUUUGGCAUGAAGUGAUGGGAAAGGCUGGUUCACAUCUUGUAUCUCUUCCACUGGCACAUUUAGCUCCAGGGGGCUUUACUAACACCUUCAAAGAAGCUCUGUGGGGAGAAUUAUGUCAGUGAGACCCCAAUGCUCUAAAUUUCAGCUACGUAUGCUGCCUCAUCAUCUCACAGAAGACUAAAUCCAAUUUGGACCCUUAGUUAAAAACACACUUUGCACAAUGGUCAGUGGCCCAUAGCCCUGAGAGCCAGGCUAAAGAGAUGGAACCUGCAGCCAUGCUGUGCAGCCCAGGGUGUGGCUCACAGAAAGGGGACUGCUCAGCCAGCACACCUGCAGCCACUGGGAGUCACGUGGGCAGAGGUCACACGGGGGCAGGUGGGAGAUGUUUAAUUAAUGUUCCCAGGUCAAGGGUAAUGGGAAAGGAGGUGAUGUGUGGAGAAUCCUUGGAGAUUAUGCCCCACCUUUCCACACCCUCUCCCUGCCCCUUCCAGCACUCAAAGACAUGAAUGACUGGUAGAGAGGUAGAUAAAUCUACAGAUUGUAUGUUUAUUGUAUCACCUGGGUGUCCAAAUACAUUCACACACUACUGAAAUUAUGUGCUUCUUCCUGCCUUCCACCUCUCCAUAUGUCUCCUUCCCACCACAUUACGUGUGGAGCCAGGUCACUGGAUUCUUGCCGAGGCCACCUGGGAUAAUUGAAAUUAAAUGAGAACGUAAAGUUUUCCUUGACCAUGCACUUACGAAGAGAGCAGAGAAAUUAGUGAGGGUUGAGGAAUAGGACUUUAGGAAUAUCGGAGGGCAGGAAGACUGAGACAUAGAGCCGGAAGAAGAGAAUCUACAAAGUAUCAGUUAAAAUGAAAGGUUCUAACAGUUCCCUCGCGUUCUAAGAAGGCCUUUUUGGGGAGCCUGGGAAUUUCAUCAUCUUUUCAGAAAUAUUAGUGGCUCUGGCACCAACUGGCUGAGGGCAUGGUGAGGUCACUGUCAGUGAAGCAAGGGGGAAGGCACAGCCAUGACAGGGAUCAGCCACAAACAGGCACCAUCCAGAGCACUCCAAGGACACUCAGUGCUAAAAGAGGCCUUAAGAUUCCUAUCAGCCCGAGUUCUGCAUUGGCUGAGACUCGCAGUCCGUGUAGAAGUCAUAGAGCCAUUUCUGAAAGUAGUGAGAGGUUUUGUAUUGUCCAAGAUAUCACUGGGACAGCAGGCAGGAGCAUAGUAGAGGGGAAUCCCUGAGGUCACAGAAAGGUGGCCAAAAGAGGAAGGGUAUGUCUGGAUCACACUGGAAGGUCACUCGAGUUGACUGAGGUCCAAUGGCAACUAUGUUCACCACUAGGGAGUCUCUUGAGACCAGCCAUUUCCAAAUGAGAACAGUUAUACAAGAGGUCUGAGAACAAAUUAUCAGUCCCUCUCAGAGAAUGCAAGCCCUGGUAGGGGGUGGAAGGAUGUGUUCUGCAGACCUGAUUAAGAGUGGAUGGGAUGGAUGGGCCUCCAUCACUCUCUGGGGAAAAAGGAGAGCUCUCCCUCCUGCAUCCCUCCUGGGCUGGCCUUGUUAUCACUGGUCCUUGAGGGGUUCUCAUGCCGCUGUGAGUCAUGACUUAGCACACAGUAUCCUAGCAGAAGCUUGUGGUAACUCUCCAAAUGAAAGUGGCCACAGGGCACAUCCUACUCACCUAUGUACUCAGCACUCAGCACACUGUCUGACACAUGGAAGAUGCUCAAUAAAUGUGUGGUGACUAAAAUAAGUUUGAAUUGAGAAAGUUUAACAUGUCAUUAUUUCACCUACAAAAGUCCAUGACCUUAAAGAGCAUGCUUUAAAAUAAAUUAAUCCCUGGGUA